AAUAUUUUGGGGAGGGAGUUGGGGGAGAAUUCCACCGGAGCAUAUGCAAAAGCGGUGACAUUUCUUGUUCGGAUCAGUCUCUCUCCGGCCAUUGCAACUGUCAUUCCUCCGCCGCCACAGUCUCCCAUUAGCCUUCGCCGUAGGGUUUAUGGUUCAAGAGUGCUGCGCAAGGAAGGAGAAUAGAUCGGGAUGAAUGAGAUGCUCAAAGACCAGACUUUCGGAAUCCAUUUGGUUGCUGGAGCAUGGGCCACUGCUUUCAGUAGUGCCCUUACUUGCCCUCUCGACACUCUUAAAGUUCUUGUGCAGGUAGGUUCAGAUCCCAGUAAGAAAUUGACAACUGCUCAGGUUCUUUACAGGGUUAAAACAUUAUCAGGCAUUUCAGGUUUGUACAGUGGUCUAGGGUGGUUGGCAGUGGGAAGAACAUUUGGUCUUGGGACUCGUUUUGGCAUUUAUGAACUGCUGACCUCAUUCUACAAAGAUGGUCGAAAAAACAAUUAUUUGUCUGUCUCGGAGGCUUUAAUGGCAGGAAUGGUUUCUGGGGUGGCAGAGUCACUCAUAACUUCCCCCUUUGAGCUUAUCAAGCUUCGUGCUCAGGUCACUUCUGCAUUCCAAAUUCCACAAACAGAAUCAAACAUGAAAAUUAACCAGGUUUCUCCUUUAAUAGAGAGAUUACUGCAUGGAUAUUCGCCAAAUACAAAGGUUUUGAACAAUUCUGCUCGUCUUCUGGCUAUUUUGAGUAACAAUCAUCCCAAUUUAGUUAAUGACAUGAGACAAUAUCCAUGGAUGAUGACUGGGUGUGGGAGACCUCCAUCUGUUUAUCACGUUAGACGACCAUCAGAGGUAAUCUCCCUUGAAGGAUGGGGUACUUUGUGGAAAGGGAUGAGGUCAGGAAUUGUUCGAGAUUCUAUUUUCAGUGGCAUUUUCUUUUCAAUAUGGCAACUCCUACAUGAAGCAAUGCUUACUUGGAAAGCUGUUGGGAUGACUCCCAUACCCAGGUAUGAUGAAGACGUUGGCCCAUUAUCUCCUUUCUCAGUUAGUCUUGCAGCUGGAUUUUCCGGAUCACUUGCUGCUGCUGCCUCCCAUUCAUUUGAUACUGCAAAGAGUCGUUCGCAAUGCAUUGUGGUGCCUAAGUAUUUAUCAAAGGAGAGGAAGUUUCUCAAAUGGGAACUUCCCGGGAAACGAUUUGAGAGAUGGACUGGAAUCCAUCCAUCAGAUCGAAGUCUAUUGUACAGGGGAAUUUCAUUGCGAAUGGCACGCAGCGGUUUUGCAUCAUUUCUGCUAGUAGGAAGUUACUUUUUGGCUGUGGAUCAGCUCUCUCUGUUGAGUGAAGGAGUUUUGUAGCAUCAGAAUAGACAAAAGAUCCAUCAUGCCCUAAUUAACUACCAAGAUAAAACUGUAGAAGUUCAUCGGGGGCUCUCGGAGGGCAGCUUCGGAAGCUAGGUCUAACACAAGUCCAUUUACCAGACAACGGCGAAGCAGCUUGGAAAUUUGGUUGGCACCAUUUGAAUUCACUCUUCUGUGCAAAUAAACCAAUUGUGCAAGAUAUUUGAGGAUCAAACUCACUUGAAUAUAGUGUAUGAUUUUAACGUUGAAAGUUUUGAAUAAAAAAAGGGUGCAAGA